CUGCAGCACCUGAUUUUUCCAAAAAUCCUUUGAGAAAAAGGUCUGUUGCUCAAGUUGGAGGUGAAGUUACAAUUGAGUGUAAACCAAGCGCUUCUCCCAGAGCACUUAUUAACUGGAGAAAGGGCCCAGAGGUUCUGCGCCACAGCAAAAGGGUCAUCUUACUGGAGGAUGGCAGUCUCAAGCUCUAUAACAUCGCCAAAUCAGAUGCCGGGGUAUACACCUGUAUAGCAACAAAUCAGUUUGGAGUUGCCAGAAAUUCAGGGAACCUGAUUGUGAAAGAAAGGACUCUCAUUAUUAUUCCACCUUCUAGUACAGAUGUAACAGUUGGAGAAAACGUAGUCCUUCCACGCCAGGUGUCUCAUGACCCCUCUGUUGAUGUGGUGUUCAUAUGGUCAUUCAAUGGCAGUAGAAUUGAUUUUAAUAGAGGACUGCAUCAUUUUGAAAGAAUUGGAAGAGAAUCUGUUAGGGAUUUGAUGAUAAGAAAUAUUCAGCUACAUCAUUCUGGGAAAUAUGUGUGCAUGGUACAAACAACUUUAGACAGUCAAUCUGCAACAAUAGAUAUAAUUGUAAGAAGCUCCGCAGGUCCACCAGAAGAUGUUAAAGUUGAACAUAUUUCUAGCACUACUGCUGUGUUAUCCUGGAAGUCUGGAAUAGAUAGUAAUAGCUACAGUGUUCAGAUGAGGACUCCUUUCUCAGUUGGAUGGCAGGUAGUUUCAACAGUUCCUGAAGUCAUUAGUGGUAAGACUCACAAGGCAACAGUGGUUGAAUUAAGCCCUUGGGUUGAGUACAAGUUUCAUGUGGUUGCCAGCAACAGUAUUGGAAUUGAGGAGCCAAGCAGAUCAUCAGCUGUACUGGAAACUAAAUCAGCAGUUCCUGUUGUAGCACCAACAAACAGCGGAGGAGGAGGAGGCUGUUCUGAGCUGAUCAUCACAUGGGAGCCAGUUCCAGAAGAGCUACAAAAUGGGGAAGGUUUUGGAUACAUCAUUAUGUUUCGUCCUCUUGGCUCAGCAAUGUGGGCAAAAGCAGUGGUGGGUUCAGUGGAAGCAAGCAAGUAUGUUUAUAGGAAUGAAUGCAUUACACCUCUCUCUCCUUUUGAAGUGAAACUUGGUGUCUACAACAGUGAAGGAGAAGGGACUCUGAGCUCCAUAUCCAUCAUCUACUCAGAAGAUGAGCCACAGCUAGCACCAGCAGGGGCUUCAGCACGGAGUGUUUCAGUGGCAGAGGUGGAGGUCUCCUGGCAGCCCAUUGCUUAGAACAGGCACAUGGGCAGGGUGCUGGGCUAUGAGGUUUUAUAUUGGACCAAUGAUGCCAAAGAAAGCACAGCUGGUAAAGUUAGAGUCAGUGAGAAUGUAACAGCCAAAAAUAUCACAGGACUAAAAGCUAACACAGUCUAUUUUGCAACAGUUUGAGCUUACAACACUGCAGGGACAGGGCCCUCUAGCACCCCGGUAAAUGUCACCACUGAAAAAUCAC